UCUCAUGCUCUAGGAGUUUUGCAGAGAGCAGUUGCAAUGUCAUUCAUGCUGCGUGAUGUUUCCGCUGAGAGAGGCUGAGAGAAUUUAAAAGGGUUAAGAGAAUGCUUUGUUGUGCCAGUACCGGCAGGAGUAUAAGCAAACAGCAGUGAUUCAGUAAAGGGGCCAUUGCUGAGAUCUGUUACUUACAUCUUUUCGGUUCAGUAUCAGUUAUGCACUGUGGCCAAGGGUUUUCUGCAUCACCUCAGCUAGUAACUGAAACAUAUUUUAGUCUAAGGACGGAUACCUCAAUGGCAAUAUGAAGCAUAUUUGUCUGCACAAAAUAAACAAGACUCUAUAUAUGAAGAAAAGCCAUUAGCUCUUCAAACGAACCCAGCAGGAAGUCUUUUCUGCCUGCCUCUCUGUUUCAGUUUACUAGUAACUGACAGCUGCUCAUUUCUAACUUUCUCUUGAUUGUUUCACAUUCAGUUUUUUUCAAAAUUAGACUUGUGAAGAAACAACUUGCUCUGUUACUCUAUACUUUAAUAUUUAAGGAUUGUUGACCUCUUGUUUCUGAAAUUCUCACACUCCUAAAACUGACACAUAACUUAAAGCAUAUUUCAUGCAACAACAUUAACGUAUUCAACAGGAUGUCAUAUCCGCUUCUGCAGAGAUUUCCAUACUAUUCCAAUUUUAGGGAAGAUACAGAAGAAUUACUGGAUAUUAACACUUCUUUUUCUUUACCAUUUUUCAAGUACCGGUCAUUAAAUAGGAGUACCUUUAACUGGAAUGACAGUAAGAUUGUUGAAUGGGAAAGGUUUGCAGAACUGGCGAAGUAUGACUCUGAGUCACAAAAUGCCACAGUCAAAGCUCUACUGAUUGUGGCUUACUCAGUCAUUAUUGUGAUUUCACUUUUUGGGAAUGUUUUGGUCUGUCAUGUGGUGAUUAAAAACAAAAGGAUGCAUUCAGCCACCAGCCUCUUCAUUGUGAAUCUGGCAGUAUCGGACAUCAUGAUAACCAUUCUUAAUACACCAUUCACUCUGGUUCGAUUUGUGAAUAGCACUUGGGUGUUCGGAAAAGUAAUGUGCCAUAUCAGCCGCUUUGUACAGUACUGCUCUCUGCAUGUUUCAACACUGACUUUAACUGCUAUAGCAGUGGAUAGACAUCAGGUGAUUCUCAACCCUCUGAAACCAAGAAUGUCUCUUUCCAAGGGAGUCCUCAGCAUCGCUGUCAUCUGGGUGAUGGGAACUUGCUUUUCCCUACCUCAUGCUAUUUACCAAAAGCUCUUCCAAUACAAUUAUAGGCCUUCAACUGUUCGAAGUUUCUGUGUGCCUGAUUUUCCAGAGCCAGAGCAACUGUUCUGGAAAUAUUUGGAUCUUAGCACUUUCCUUCUGCUCUACCUUUUACCGCUUGUCAUCAUCACUGUCACCUACUCUCGUCUAGCAAAGAAGCUUUGGCUGCGCAACGCUAUAGGUGACAUCACUACUGAACAGUACAUCACCCAUCGAAAGAACAAGAAGAAAAGCAUCAAAAUGCUUGUACUUGUUGUGCUUGUUUUUGCAGUUUGUUGGUUUCCAUUAAACUGUUAUGUUGUACUGGUCUCCAGUUUGCGAAUCCGAGCAAAAAACUUGCUAUAUUUUGCCUUGCACUGGUUUGCCAUGAGCAGUACCUGCUACAACCCCUUUAUCUAUUGUUGGCUAAAUGAAAGCUUCCGCCUAGAACUAAAGUCAUUACUUAACAUAUGUAAAAGGGUACAGACCACUCAGGACAAUACUUUGCCUGCUGUGAUUCUGCCAUAUCGCGAGGCUUGGAAUGAAGAAGACAGCUUAAAACAGGGACCAUCUUCACAAAGCAUCAGAUCAACUACCAAUGUACAGACUGUGAAUACUGACCUCUGACAUGAACUGGAUUUAUCAUCUCAGAUGUUACUGCAAUGCAAAGGAAUACUGACUGGACCACUGCAAGCAUUCAUUGGAAAGUCACAUCCAGUUUCAUAAAGCAGCAAUUUGGACACCAGACACAUCUACUCCUUAAGAUUUCUGAUAUUUCAACAAGGCACAUUAUACAGAAAAUAAGCAUUUGUAACUUCCUUCAAGUGGUAACUAAACAGUGGCUGCAUCAUUCUCAGGAUUACCACUCUAGAUGCACUAUCCAGCUAUAUGAGUAACUCAUCCAAUAAUCCUGUGGUCAAGUAUGAAGUAUUACUACUGAAACAAUAUACUGGUCCACAUUAAGACUUUGGAUAUUUUCACUAGACUUACUGGCAUGACAACAGAGUAGGGAGACAGGGCUAGGAAAUCUCUAGAAUUAUUCCGCUUUGUUUACCAGCAGUUUGCUUUAGUAAAAUCCUGGUUAUCAGUGUGUUUCCCCUGCUAAUUAUCCAUAGGUAUCAUGAAAGGUUCCCACAAUGAUAUAUAUUAAUUAAAUGAAGUAGGAAAUUAAAAGAACUGGCUUUUAAAGCAGGGUUAGCACAGUAUACUUCCUUGUCAGAUGGUAAUAUACGUUUACAUAGAAGCAAAUGUAGUUUACUGAAAAAUAAGGUAUAAAAACUAUAUUCAUUUUGCUCACUCAGACCUGCAGACUAAUGUUGUUAGCACCUGGAACAAGCUAUGGCAUAAUUUACAUACAUUAUGAAAUAUUUUAAGGAUCAAUAUCAUAGUCAUACGCAUGACAGAAAGAAUGAUUUAAGUUGGCAAUAGGAGUUUGGAGUUUAAAUGUAUUCAUUUCAAAAUGAAAAUAUAUACAAGAAGUACAGCAGAAACAUAUGUUAGCAGUCCCCCUUGUUUACAUUAUAUCUAUCGUCUAAUGUGUGACAUACAAUGGAUAUUAUUUCAAAUGUAAAAAAACGCUGUGUCAAACCUAUUGUGACAUGCCGCAUCUAUGUAAGACUCCUCCUGUUUGUAAUUUAUAUGACAGAAUUUGCAGCAGAUAUUCCUCAGUGGGCUUUAGCAUGAUGACUUGCUAGAAAAAAAAAAAAACAGAUAAAACUUGUACUUUAUACCUUUUUAUUCAGUUUUGCUUUUGUGCCCAGUACUGCCCACCACCUCCUAUGCCCAGUGCUCUUGCAUUUACACAACAAGAUGCAGAUGGGACAUGAGUUCUUUUUUUCUACCCCUUUGCUAAUAUUUAUUACCAUCUCAUGCAUAUGGCAUGCAGCCAAAUCUAUCAGGUUCAUUUCCACAAACCAUCAAAUUCACGCAAUCCAGCAUAGUAUCUGCUUGGAUUUAUUGCAUAUGUUUUGCCUAGACCACAACCAGGAUAAUAGCCAGGCAGGAAUGAUACUACUUGAUAUACAUAAGGCAGCAUUCAUUCCACAUACUCCUUCAGUCUGACUCUUCAGCCUGGUCAUGAAAUUUGGAGCCGAGAUCUGUUAUUCAAAAACAGGGACUCUGGUAUCUUGGGUCUCCCCUUCCCUUCCCUCCCCUAAAAGGAUGGCUGACUGACUUUAGAAUUAAAAAGGUGAUUCUCAUUGUCUGCACAGACUGGUUCCAUAAUAGCAACUCUCCUUCUUCUUUGUUGAUUUUUCCCUUUCUUAUAUAUCUCACAUAUCACUUCAUAGUAUAUUUCUCUUGUUUUUGAAAAUAUACUCGUACACUCACUUAAAGGACCCAUCAUUUUUAAAACAGUGAAUGUGAGAGUUGUGUAAAUAUGAUGUAUUUGGUAGCCAGUGCAGUGCUGAUAAUAUAUAAAGCAAACAACUUUGCAACAUUCCUCUGUGUGAC